AGAUCAAGUAGUGGCAGACUUGCAUUUCUUUUGGGAGAUGUAGGUUCAACUUCCAUUUGGUACAGAGUGAGGCACUGGUGGACAAUGAUUGGAGACACAAGGAAACCUAGGUUCGAUCCUUGAGCCAAACGGGUUUUAACGGUAAUUUUAUCGUGGUGUCUACCGGCCGGUGGGUUACCGGGUUUUCCUCGGAAUUGGUGGUGGACUCUGGUUACUCUUGGAGUACUCCGAUUGUGUUCGAAGGAUGCUCAGGAUUGAUUAUGUUGGCCGUUAAAAAAAAAAAGUUGAAGGGGGUUCUAUGGGCUUGAACACUACAUGGAUGUAUUUUUCCUUUUUAGGUCAAGUUGCGUAGGCGUUUCCUCUACCGGUCGCCCGGUCUAGAACAUAGAGCUGGCAUAUAGCUCAAUGUUGCUGAAAAUUUCAAUAUUAACAGUCAUCUUGUUUUCUUCUAUUCACUGAUCAUACCAAAAUUUCAAUCUUUAUUUCUCUGUAAAUGGCUUAUGCAUCUGUGAUUCUGACGCCAACGUUCAAGCUAUCAUCAUCUACUGGUAUAAAUCCGUCUGGGCUUUGUUCUCCUAAAUUUGCUACCGAAAGGGUCCGCUGCUCAGGCACUUCUCCAAAAUCUGCAGCGCCCAGGCUUGUUAGCAAGGGGUGCAAACUGGUUGGGUGUGGAUCAGCGGUACCAAAGCAAAAGUUUUCUAAUGAUGAUCUUGCAAAGAUUGUUGAUACCAAUGAUGAAUGGAUAUCCAGUCGUACAGGAAUCCUUAAUCGGCACAUUCUUACAGGUACGGAAAACUUGACAAGUCUGGCAGUAGAAGCUGCUCAAAAAGCACUUGAAAUGGCGGAGGUUAAUGCCGAUGAUGUGGAUCUCAUCUUGUUUUGUUCUUCCACACCUGACGAAUUGUUUGGCGGGGCACCUGAGGUUCAGAAAACACUUGGAUGCAAAAGAAAUCCACCUGCAUUUGACAUCAGAGCUGCUUGCAGCGGAUUUCUUUUAGGCCUAGUCUCAGCUUCCUGUCAUAUUCGGGGGGGCGGUUUCAAGAACGUUCUUGUGAUUGGAGCUGAUUGUGUAACCCGUUAUUUAGAUUGGACGGAUAAAAAGACCUGUGUUCUCUUUGGUGAUGCUGCUGGUGCUGUCUUACUCCAGGCCUGUGAUAGUGAGGAGGAUGGUCUAUAUGGUUUUGACUUGCACACUGAUGGUUUUGGCAACAAGCACUUGAAUGCUGGUAUGAAGCAUAUUGAAACAAAUUUGGCAUCGGGUUGCGAUGGUGAUUCGCUAGGAUUUUCGCCUACACAUGCAUCUUUUUCAUAUAUCCAAAUGAAUGGACAAGAGGUUUUUCGCUUCGUUGUUAAGGUCGUGCCUGAGAGUAUCAAGGCUUCAUUAGCAAAGGCCAGUUUUAGACUGUCGGACAUCGACUGGUUACUGGUCCAUCAGGCUAACCAGAGGAUCAUUGAUCAUCUAGCAACAAAACUUGAAUUCCCAAUGGAUAGAGUCAUAUCUAACGUGAAAAACUAUGGUAACACGAGUGCUGCUUCCAUUCCGUUGGCAUUAGAUGAAGCCGUUCGUAGUGGGAAGGUGAAGGAAGGCCAAACCAUCGUGACUGCUGGCUUUGGUGCUGGUCUUUCGUGGGGUUCAGCCGUUGUGAGAUGGGGAUAAAUGUUCGAAUUGAUCCAUGAUGGAAGAGAAAAAUAGGGAAAAGAUUAUAACAUAGUUCCCCGUCAUGACUAUUGGCUUUGGUAUAAGUAUCUCGUGUUAUGUUUUGUAAACUGUAUGAAUUAUUUUCUAUAAAUAAAGAUUAUCUAUGUUUAUUUUACAAAGAGAAAAA